AUGUGCGUCACGAGACCAAGUUUGAGAACAGCUCGGAGAUCCAGAAAAAUAUCUACUAACCAACAAGACCAUGGGCCUCCGGAUUAUUGGAGCAAGCUAGCACAUUCGAACUUCCGCUCUACCGUGUUCGAGAACCGUGUUCAUGUAUGGGUCCUACCACUCAGUCUCUCCCAAUCUAAAUACGGUGGCAGAAAGCAUCCAUCAUCAGCAUGCACACUGAUAACUGUACAAAUUGCGCAUGAUUUCAUAACACAAGGCAUCCGAAUGCCAUCAACCACUCCUCGAGAAUCUCAAAACCUCCCACUAGCAGUACUAGACGUUCUCAUCAAUGGAAUAGUGGAUGGAAAUGAGACUCAUGAAAAAGCAAUGGCAGCGAGAAGAAAUGGAUUCAAUGGAAUUUUGAAAAAGAAACAUCUAGAUGAAAUGCCGGUUGUGGAAUGUGGAUCAAUGUUCCAAUUUCUGAAAAAGACCCAACGGGACACAUUCACUGUCCCAGAAGCGAUUCAAGUUCAACGGCCAGAGAUGCAUGAAGUCGACUAUCGAUGCUAUUCCGGAGAUUUCAUAAGCAAUCUGGUGACAGCUAUGACGAUGGCCGUUACUAGUCCUUAUCUCUGUAAAGUCGACAGAUUGCCAAUUGGAGUUCUUGCUUUCGAAAGAGCAAUGUGUUUUAUAUACGAUCGACCGACUCAUUCGAUUCUCCUUCUGGAUACUCAUAUGCAUUUCAAAGGAAGAGCUGGAAGUGUUCUGUGCGUAGCAUCGUUUGAGGAUAUCACUGAUUUCAUUGUUGCGGUAACCAAACUCGUUUUUCAUGAAGUUUGCAAAUCAGCAGAUUAUUCUGGUCAGUUCGAAAUAACAUGUCUGAUGCUAACAAGUUUAAUGAACAAGGUUCACAAAGGGAACAUUUUCCUCCCAGUGAAACCAACCAUGAUGAGAACGCCUUCUGCGAGGCCGUUAAGACCCAUUCGAAUCAAAGCCAAGAAAAUGGUGUGUGUUGGGCACGAGCCGGAGGACGAAGACAGCGGAUACGAAAGUGCUAGCUAA